AUGACCACAUACUUUUCUCCGCCCGCGAGGCGGCAGUCCUCGCUCAUGCGACUGUUCAGCAUCCUCUCCUUCAUCUCCCUCAUCACAGGCAGUGCAGGCGCUCUCCCGAAGGAGAAGAUGAUUGGAUCUUCGUCGCUGUCAGCCUGUAUGGAAAACUCCCAGUUCACGGUUUCUCAGUUCGAUGUCUUGUACACCCCAAACAAUUCAACACUACAAUACAGUUUCGAUGGUACAUCUUCGAUUGAAGGAAAUGUCUUUAUUGUCAUGGAAAUCAUUGUCUACGGCUACACUGCCUACACAAAGAAGAUCGACCCUUGUGCCGAAAAGUUCGCUAGUUUGUGCCCCAUGAGAGCUGGUCCAGUUACCUUGCCUCCAUCUGCCAUCAAUGCCAGCAAUUUUGUCAGCUCUAUUCCCGGUGUUGCUUUCACAAUCCCUGAUAUCGAUGGUCUUGCCAGAAUCACCAUCGAUCUUGCUGAAGACAUGAGACCGGUAGCUUGUCUUGAGGCCGAGCUUUCUAACGGUCAGACUGUUCACCAGAAUGCCGUUAGCUGGGUCACUGCCGUUAUUGCUGGCUCUGGACUUGCAGCCUCUGCCAUUACCUCUGGAUUGGGCCACUCCAACACUGCUGCCCAUGUUGCCGCCAAUGCUCUCUCCCUUUUCGGAUACUUCCAGUCGCAGGCCCUCUGCGCCAUGGUUGCCGUCAAGCUUCCACCAGUUGUUCGAUCUUGGACCCAGAAUUUCGUUUGGAGUAUGGGUGUCAUCCGUGUCGGCUUCAUGCAGAACGUUCUCCACUGGUACAUCCAGGCCACUGGUGGUAAGCCAGAUCUUUUGUUCCAGAACCUCGACAGAGUCAACGUUCAAAUCAUGAAGCGAGGUUUGGAAUUCACUAAACGUGCUUUCACUGCCGUCGAAACUGUCAAGAAUAUUAUCGUCAAGCGCAGUGGUGACCAGGGAACUUACAGCCAAGGUGAAUUCAUUGAUGUUACUGGUAUCUCGCGUGUCGCCUUCCUUUCCAGAAUUGAACAAACAAAUCUCUUCAUGACCGGUCUUGCUUUCUUUGUCGCUUUCGUCGUCGUUGUUGUCUUGAUCGUCGUCGGAUUCAAGUUUGGCCUCGAGCUCUGCGUCAGGAAACUCAACCUCGCAAAGGGGUCCAAAUUCGCCGAGUUCAGAAAGGGAUGGAAGAUUGUCCUCAAGGGAAUUCUCUACCGAAUUGUUCUCAUCGGCUUCCCUCAGCUUACCAUUCUCUGUCUAUGGGAAUUGACGGUCCGCGACUCCCCGGCUGCCAUUGUCCUCGCCCUUGUUUUCUUCCUCGUUACCCUCGCUCUCCUCUCCUGGGCCUCUUAUAAGGUCAUCCGCCUCGCUCAACACUCCAUCAAUAUGCACAAGAGCCCAGUUGUUAUCCUUUACUCCGAUCCAGCUUCCCUCAACCGAUGGGGAUUCCUCUAUGUGCAAUUCAAGGGUUCGUGCUACUACUGGAUCAUCCCAAUGCUUGGCUACAUCUUCAUCAAGGGUAUCUUCAUUGCCUUUGCCCAGUCUAAGGGAACCGUUCAGAGCAUCGCCCUCGUUCUCAUUGAAGGUGUUUACCUCGUUGCUGUUUCUUACUUCCGACCAUGGAUGGAUCGCAAGGUCAAUGUCUUCAACAUUUCCAUCUGCGUCAUCAACUUCGUCAACUCUAUCUUCUUGAUGAUCUUCUCUGGAAUCUUUAAGGAACCAGCUCUUGUCCGUGGUGUCUUGGGAGUUGUAUUCUUUGUCAUGAACGCUAUCUUCGCCCUCGUUCUCUUGAUUUUGGUUCUUGUCGCCACCAUCUACGCCUUGGUUUCUAAGAACCCAGAUACCCGUUACCAACCAAUGCGCGACGACCGUGCUUCCUUCAUCAAGUCCAACCCUGAAAUGGUCGGAUCCACCGAGCUUGAUGCACUUGGUGCCACCGCUCGCGGUGACCACAAGUCAACCAGGGAUCUCGAUGAGGACGACUCCAGUGCCGGCGGAAGAUCCGGAGAGUAUGGUGCUGCUGGUGUCCCACUCCCUCCAUCCCAAGCCCCAUCUCACUACUCUAACUCCCAAUACGCGGGUAGCACCCACGGAGAUGGAGGAGACUAUGAGAAGAGAUAUCACAGCCCAAGCCCAUACCAACAACAAGCCGACCGACCUUUCCUAUCGGCCGGAGGACCACAGCGAGGAGCACCAAGCCCAACAAGAACACCACAGGGCUUCGGUGAAUUCCCUAGCUACGGCGGUGGAGGAGGCUAUAAUAAUAACCAACAACAACAAGGCCAAAACAACCAGCGAUGGCAGGUUGGAGCCGGAUACGAUCACUAA